AUGAUACUGCGUGACUACCCGACGGACCCUAUCAAAACCCUCAUCGACUCUGGCGCCACUUCCAAUUUUAUAUCCCCUGCACUAGUAGAAAAACUUAAAAUCCCAAAAACCCUACUCGAAAAUCCACGAGUAGUUCAACUUGCGGUCUCGGCCAAUGGCCAUUUCCACCACAUUCCCUUCCUUGUUUGCCCCAUAGGCAACACCCCGGCUAUCCUCGGCAUGACAUGGCUCACAUCAGAAUCCCCCUUGAUUGACUGGCAACAGGGACUUGUCAUGUUUCCUGAACAGGUCCAAAUAGCAUCCAAAGAGGAGGCAGAUAUCAAUCCUUUGGCAGACCUUCCCCCUCAAUAUCAUGAGUUUGCUAAAGUCUUUGGCAAAGAGGAAUUCAAGGUUCUCCCUCCUCACAGGGAGUAUGACAUCUCCAUAGACCUUGUCCCAGAUGCCAAACUAUCCCCUGGCCCCAUAUACGGAAUGACUGAUGCAGAAUCCAAGGCACUGAAACAACACAUUGAUGAGGAAUUGGCAACAGGCAAGAUCCGCCCCAGUACCUCAUCCGCCGGCGCCCCAGUCAUGUUUGUUAAAAAGGCGGAUGGAUCCCUCAGGCUAGUGGUAGAUUAUAGGAAGCUGAACGAUGUGACCCACAAAAACGUGUACCCACUCCCCCAACAAGAUGAUCUCAUGUCAAAACUCAGGCACGCUAAGAUCUUUACUAAACUGGACUUGCGUUGGGGUUACAACAAUGUACGCAUCAAGGAAGGAGAUGAAUGGAAGACGGCCUUCAGAACCAAAUACGGCCUCUUUGAAUACCUAGUCAUGCCGUUUGGCCUCACCAAUGCCCCUGCAGCAUUCCAGCACUUCAUGAAUGAUCUAUUCAGGGAUCUCAUUGACGUCACCGUGGUCAUUUACUUAGAUGAUAUACUGAUCUUCUCCGAAGACCCCAAGGACCACCCAGCCCAUGUGAGGGAAGUUCUGUCAAGGUUAAUGAGAAAUCAACUGUUCUGCAAAUUAUUGAAGUGCCACUUCCACGUCACCACGGUUGAUUACCUGGGUAUUGUCAUAUCUCCUGCAGGCUUCUCAAUGGAUCAAAAGAAGAUUGAGGCUGUCACAACCUGGCCUCAGCCCAAAACAGUCAAGCAGGUCCAAGCCUUCCUAGGGUUUGUUAACUACCUUAGGCGCUUCAUUCCCAACUUCAGUUCGGUAGCACGCCCUCUUCACAAUCUUACAAAGAAGGAAACCCCUUGGUCAUGGGAAACCUCAGAGGAAGCCGCAUUCAAAGAAUUAAAGGCAUUGGUCACGCAAUCCCCAGUCCUAAUCCAUUCCAAUCCAGCGCUACCUUAUUACCUGGAAACAGAUGCAUCAGGGGUAGCAAUGGGGGCAAUACUCAGCCAACAAGGACCAGACAACCGAUUACACCCCAUUGCUUACAUGUCCAAGUCAUUCUCAGGAGCAGAAGCUAAUUACGACACCCACAAUAAGGAGCUCCUGGCUAUCAUUAAAGCACUAGAGGAAUGGAGGAUAUUCUUGGAAGCAAUGGACAAACCGGUACAAGUCUUCACGGAUCAUAGGAAUCUGGAGUAUUGGAUGCAGGCACGGACAUUCAACCGCAGGCAUGCCCGAUGGCGUGUAUUCUUGAGCGAUUUCAACUUUGAAAUCCACUAUCGCCCAGGAAAGCAAUCAGGGAAGCCAGACGCGCUGUCCAGAAGAUCAGAUUACGUAGACACGCCCCCAGAGCCAGAAGUCAUGUUACCAGCAGAAGUCUUUGCCAAUACCUCUGAGGAAGAAGUCGAAAUUGUCACGGAAAUUUGCUCCAGACUCAGGGAGGACCCAUCCUUGGAACCCAUCAUCCAGUUUCUAACAGAGGACGCGGACAAUGCACCUCCCUCCAUUUGGAAAGCUUACAGAGACUACGACUGGGAGGAAGACCUGCUAUGGGAAUUCCAUGACUCCCCCCUAGCCGGUCACCCGGGCCAACAGAGAACCCUUGAACUUCUAAGCCGCAACUACUGGUGGCCAGGCAUGAAAUCAUCCACCAAAGAUUGGGUAGAAUGUUGCCCCACCUGCCAGGCUAACCGUCGAGCCCACGCCCCGGUCAUUGCCCUGAAACCUCUGGAAGUUCCCCCCUAUCCGUUUCACACCAUCUCCUAUGACUUCAUCACAGGUUUUCCAAAAUCUAAUGGUCACGACGCAAUCUUGGUAGUCAUCGACUCCUUUUCCAAAUUUGGGCAUUUCAUCCCAACCACCAAGAAAGUUACGUCCAAGGGUCUAGCAGAAUUGUUCAUCUCUCAUGUGUGGAAACUACAUGGACUACCAGUCAAGACAAUAUCAGACAGAGGAACUACGUUCACAGGGAAGUUCCUAAGGGCACUCUACCAACGCCUUGGUGUAAGACCAUCCUUCUCAUCAGCCUACCACCCGGAGUCAGACGGUCAAACAGAAAGGGUGAACCAGUUCAUUGAAUUCUACCUGAGGUUGUACGUUGCGGCAGAUCACUCAGACUGGGCUUCCUGGUUGCCACUAGCGGAAUACGCAUAUAACAACGCUAAGCACUCCGCCACCGGGAAAACCCCAUUUGAAUUGGUAUACGGGAGGAAUCCAGUAAUGAAUCCGUCCAACGUCCCUGCAAACGUACCAGAAGCCAAUCACGUGGCUAACACCUUGGCACAAGAAUGGAAAGAAGCGGAAUCCGCCCUGAGAAUGACAAAGGAAAAAAUGGCAGGGACCAAGGGAGUGAUCCCGGAAUAUUCCAUUGGGGAAAAAGUCUGGCUAGACGCCAAGAACGUGGAGAUACGUUCCAACUCCAACAAAUUGGACCCCAAGCGCCUAGGACCCUUCAAAAUCACCAAGAAAAUCUCCAGCCACGCGUACCGCCUGGAACUCCCUGAGACCAUGAAAAUCCAUGAUGUAUUUUAUGUAGGAUUACUGUCCAAAGUCCACGAAUCCCCGAGCCAACCACUCCCAGAACAACCCCCUCCUGAAACAAUAGAAGGGGAAGAAGAGUAUGAAGUUGAACAAAUCAUUGACUCUAAACAACAAAAAGGGAAAUGGUUUUAUUUGAUAAAAUGGAAAGGAUACGGUCCAGAAGACAAUUCAUGGGAACCGGAAGAACUACUGGAACACAGUCAGGAAGAGAUCAAGCGCUUCAACCAAGCUAGACUCAGAAAGGCUUGUGACGCCGCCAAGAGCCUUUAA